GGCCGGCUCUUGUCUCGGCGGGGAGGAGCCAGCCUGGGGCAGGCUGCAGCACCAAGGGCUGGCCGGCCGCCAGAAGUGUAAAAUCCUGGCCGGUGGGUGGCAAAUUUCGCCAGAUCGCGGCGAGGAGACAGCGCGUCCGUCCGUCCGUGCGGGCAGCGGGCAGCCCGGCAGCCUGGCCCGGGAUAUAUGAGGCCAGUGGAACACCUCAGGACUAUUUAUGGGACGUCAAGUUGCUGCCUUUGUGGUGGUGAAGCCAGGAAAAAAAAAAAAAGACACCUUUUGGUAUUCAGUCAGCUUAGGAAGGGAGAGGACUGCUUCAGUUCCUUCAUCAUGCAGUGCAUGUCACAGCCCGGCACCAUGGGGAAUCGCUAGUCCAGGGCUGACCCUUCGGUUUCGGCUGAGUCCUUGGGCUUGACAACUCAUGGACAUUGCUGAGGUUGAUGCUUGAACCUUGGAGAGAAGAGCCUUUCUGAUGGUCCUGCUGCGCUGCACCUGACCCUAUGAAAGGAGGGCUCACCGUGGCUCUGUCCUUGGCGCUGCAGUUCCACAGGAUGGGCUCGUUCAGGAGGCCCCGGCCACGCUUCAUGAGCUCCCCUGUGCUCAGCGAUCUGCCUCGCUUCCAGGCAGCCCGGCAGGCCAUGCAGCUCAGCUCCAACUCUGCCUGGAACAGCGUACAAACAGCAGUGAUAAAUGUGUUCAAAGGGGGAGGCUUGCAGAACAAUGAACUUUACACUCUCAAUGAAAAUAUCAGACGGCUGCUGAAGAGUGAACUUGGAUCCUUCAUCACAGAUUACUUUCAGAACCAGCUCCUUGCGAAAGGCUUGCUCUUCAUGGAGGAGAAGGUCAAGCUGUGUGAAGGUGAGGAUCGCAUUGACGUCCUGUCUGAAAUCUGGGAUCACUAUUUUACAGAGACUCUUCCUACACUCCAGGCAAUAUUCUACCCAGUCCAGGGUCAGGAGUUGACUAUCCGUCAGAUUGCUCUUCUUGGCUUCAGAGACUUGGUCUUGCUAAAAGUAAAGUUGGAAGAAAUCCUCCCCCUGGUCCAGACAAAGGUUCCAGCUUCCAUUGUCCAGAUGCUGUUAAUUCUGCAGAGUGUCCAUGAGCCUACUGGCCCCACUGAGGGCUAUCUGCAGCUGGAAGAACUGGUCAAGCAGGUGGUAUCACCAUUCUUAGGUUUGUGUGAGGAUCACAGCUCGUCUGGUAGCACCUGUUUGCUUGAGAGAAGGUACUCCAGAUCCUGCCCUAAGGCCCUGACCCCGCUGACGGAGCAGGAGGGCGAGGCCUACCUGGAGAAGUGUGGGAGCAUCCGUCGGCACACGGUGGCCAACGCUCACUCGGACCUCCAGCUGCUGGCCAUGGCCUCCAUGAUGCACACGGGGAUGGUGGUGGAGGAGCAGGACACUCCUGACAAGUGCCUGCUGCUGCAGCCCAGCUGCUUCGGGCCCCGGCAGUGCUCCAGCGAGCCCAGCAUCGCCGACGGCCCUGAGGCAGCCGCAGCCGGCAGGCAGGACCCUGCUGAGCUCAACUGCACCUCUGUCUGCUAGGAGGAGGCUGCCUGAGGGGUGGAGAACUGUGUGCACCAAGCUGGACAAAGGGGUGUGUCAUCCCUGCUGGGGAAAGAGGAGAAAAAUAGGAAUUGUGCUCAUGUCAUUGAAAUGGGCCUGAGGGUUCAUAUGGCUGAGAAUGGUAUCUAGACAGGUUCUUUUGCCAGCCUGGGAUCGUUGCUGGUGGAGGUACCAGGCUGCUCCCAAGUGACCACUGAGGGCUGCAGAGGUUUUGCUGUUGUACAGCACAGUCUGCCUUCUGUAAGGUUUCUCUAUUAGUAUUAACUUCUUGGUGACACCUUUCCUUGGUUUUGUUUGGUAUGAUACAAAUUGAGUUCUUUCUGCUUUUCUCCCUCUUUCCCAAUUGUGCUUCUUCUUUGUUCUUUGUCCCUGUAGUGGAGGCCUCUGUGCUCUGUGUUCUCUUUGCUUCUGGUGCUUCAUGGUGAAGGCUGAGCACUUAAUUUCUCUUUUAAAGUUGAACUCAGGGUUGAAGCCAUUUGCAUCCUGCAGAAAGAUCUGCUGAGGUGACUUGUGAGAGAAGAUCCUUCAUUUUGCUUCCCAUGGGCAUGGAUGAAAAGUCCAAAUCAGAAUUGAUCAGACUUGCUUUUUUCCCCAGGCCUGAAGAGAACCGAGUAUAUGUGGAAUUGAGCUGAGUACUUCAUAUGUAGUUUAUUUGGUUCCAGUCAUAUCCUGGGGCUUCUGGUAUUUGGAAUCAAUUUGCUCUCAAAAUUUCAGUGGUGAUAGGGCUAUGAUGAAGGAGAAAAUCAAAUGGGUAGGAGAUGCAAAGGUGCUUCUCAGCACUGGGCCAUUGUGACUGCAGAUCAGGAGGUGAUGAUCAGUAUUUCAUCCUGAGCCUACCCUGGUACUUUUAGCACUUGUGGAUUUCAUGAGACCGAGGAUUAUCAGUGGGUGUGGAAAGGAGUCCUGGCUCAGUGCAUUCAUGAAGUGCUCCUGACCUCCAGUGGUAUCUGACUCAGUGCAGUAUUGCUUUUAAGAUAAAGUGAGGGCUUUUUGCUGUCUUUGGUUUUGUUUUUGUUGUGAAGAUUUAGGAGUGGGUCCAGUUUUCAGGUGUCUGUGUCAGGCACUGCAACCUGAAGUGUCUGCUUUGUAGCAUCACUUGGUACCCCAGUUCUGCUUCUGUGGGGACAGAGCCAGUCUGUUUCAGCUGUCCCUGGGAUGCUCUGCUGAUGUCUUGCUAAGCAGAUUUGCAAGUGUUAUCAUAGGCUUAGAGGUGAACUGCAGUGCUGACUUAAAUGUCAAAUCCCAUUGAAAACAUGGACACAACACAACCAGCACUUGAAUCUACUCCAAGUGGUACUUGGUAAAUAAGUGUGUCUUGACAAGGAAACAGAAGGUUAGGAUGAGCCUUUGGGAUGUUUUUUUUGCAUGCUAUGACAUUAACUGCAGAAUUUUCCAUGCUUCUGUUAGGCAUUAAACAUCUUCUGCCCCACUGGCUGCACUGGAGCACAGCUCUGACCUGCCAGGAUUUGGCAUUAGUAGCACAUGCAGCAAAAGGAGAGCGGGUUAUUAUAUGGCAGCAAAGCAUCAGAAACACCAGCUAUGAGCACAAGCCAGGCUGCCUUGGUAAAUGAGGGUGCUGCUUUGUCUGCUGUGCUUUGCAAUGUUGAGAGAGGUACUUGGAAGAGCCUCCUUUUCCUCCUGUCACAAGAGCUCUUGGCCUUUGGGGAAAGGCCCAGUGGAUGGAUCAGCAGCUGUGCUUUCCAUGCCAGGAGAAGAGGUUCAGUGGUGCUGGCUGCCUCCUCUUCCUCAGAGCACCCACAUCCAGCAGAGGCCAGGGAGAUGUGCCUUUAAGCAGCAUUCCCUUCAGGUGGAUUGUAGGAUAAAUUGCUUUCUUGUUCAUAAAUUGGCCUGACCAGGCCAGCUUACUGCCAUGUGCCCCAGGGCAGCCAUGGAUUGUGGUGGCAGCCACACCAUGCAGGUCUCCCUUGGCACAGUCCCCCCAGCUUGGGGCACAUGAUGGUGUCCUGCUCACAGUUAAUUUCUUCAGCCCUUGCUGUGACUGAGUCUUCUCUUAGUCACACUGAGGUGUGUGGGGAAGUGGUCAGGUCAUCCUGCAGCAUUUCAGUUCACUCUCAUGAAUGCUUUUCUUCUUUCUGUUUCUCCUGUGGCCUAGUUGCCUUCUGUAAAUACCCAAACCAUUUCGAUCAGAGGGCAGCACCCUCUUUUAUGGUGAAAACUAGAACAAUGUAUUUAUUUCCUGACAUAUUCUUGGAUCAUCUCUAGGGCUAAUAGGAAUUAGUCCUGGUUUUAACUUGAAUUUCUUUUGUUUUACAUGUAUGUAUGAUUUUAAUUAUUUUGGUUUUGUAUCUGUUACUUUGCAAAAAUUUGCACCAAGCCCUCUGAAUCAUGCACUUGCCCCAUUGUUUUGUUUUUAUGGAGAAUUAAAGCUGGUGGCUUUACUUUGUGAACUGAAGUAAACACAACCUGUUCUGUAAACCACACUGAGUGUAUGGUCACGACCACCACAUUUACAGCCACGUGAGGUUGCACAAGCCUCUGCAAGUGCUCUUCUUUUCCAGGCUGGGUGAACCUGAAGGUGGCUGGAAAGCUAUGCCAUGCUGAGGCUGGCUUGGAAGGGCCCUGGGAGCAGCUCUGAGGAGCAAUGCUGAGCAGUGCUGAGGAAGCUUCCAGUCCUCUGGAAGCAAAGACCCUGUCCCCUUGCCAGAGCUACAGCAUGAGAAACGCUUGCAUUUUGGAUACAGGGUUCUGAUUUGGGUUUGCACUGUGGUUGCUGACCAUGCCACAUGGCUGUGACAGGGCCACAGGGUGGGUCUUUUCUACCCUUGUGGUCACCAACCUGAGAACACCUCCCGGAGGAGCUGUCAGAACGGGAAGAAGGAAUUUCUCUUACCACCUCCUGAAGUCUGUUACCUUCUACUUCAAUAAUGACCUAGACUGAGCCACUUCUCAUCACACUGAAUCGGUCUUCCCUUUUUACUCUGUAUCCUUCUUAAGGUAAGUGAUUUAUUCUGUGUCCAUGUAAUUCUGUCAUAAACUUAUUGAUGGGACUAUUCUUAGUACCACUGGCCUUUUUCCUGAUAUUCCCCAUAGCCAAGCACAUGUUUUUAUUGCCAGGAAGCAGAGCUGCUUCUGGUCCUAGCCAAGUGGACAGCAACUUGGUUUAUUUUUUAAUUUUUUUAUCAAUCAGAGAACUUGCAGUAUAUCUUGCUGGCACUGAUGGGAGCAGGGUGAACACUGCAGGGUUUGGGUUGCUUUUUCUUUUUAGGUCCAGGUUCACCUGGAAGGCCUUUUGGCACUCGCCACUGAGUCAGCAGAUGGAAAAUAUUUGGCUCUUAGCAGCAACCUGUGUCCUCCAGAGGAGAAACUGCAGGUCUAGUAAGAGACAAAUUGUGGUAUUUAUGGUGUGCUUAGUUAUGCAAACUCUUUAAUUUUGCUGUAGUCUCAGAGUAGAAAACCUUCCUAACUGGAUUCCGUGUUCCUUCCCAGCCUGGCUCCUUCCCCAUGGCAGAGCAGGACUCCUGGGCCUGGCAGAGUGCAGCUCCCUCACCCUGAAGGAAGGUUGUGUGUUAGACAAAGCCACCAAAUGGGUGUCUGAGCUCCUGAAAGAGGCCAGGCUGGCUGGCAUCCCUGGCUGCCCCUUCCCGCUUGGGACAGGUCUGCACAGAGCCAGCACCACUUCCCACUCAGGAAAGCAGGUGAGAAAGCAAGACCCACCCUGGCACAGAUUCCCCACAGUGCCCAGGGAGUUUCCCAGGGGUACUGAGCUGGAAAUUCAGCCCACAGUCAACAUUCUCUGUAGGAAAGUCACUGCAAAUUUUCCUGUUAAUUAAAAGUGUGAAGGGCAGGGUAUUUGGUAUUUCCCUGAGCAAAGAUAAGGUAAUUAGUCAUCCUAUUCAUAUUUCAAAUAUGGAAGGUGGAUCUGGCAGGACAAAAAUAGGUUAAAUGGGAUAUUCUUGCUUGCCUACAUGUUUGGAGAGGGCUUUCUCUUCCCCCUGCUAUCCCAACAGCUCCAGGUAAGGGCACCAAGCAUUCAGCUACAUAAACAAAAGCUUUAAAACAGAGGUAGCAGAUUUUAAAGCAACUUUCCAGCAAAGGUACAGCUCAUUCUCAUCAAUGUGGUGCUCAAAAUGGCAUGCUGUAAAAUAAGUGCCACUUGCCACCUGAGAAUUGGGUGCCUUUUAUUCAUUACUUGCAUCUGAAAUUACGUGGAGUACCCUUGUUAGUUAUUCCCACCUGGGAGAGCAAGUGCUGUAUCAUUGUUGUGCCAGUUUACAUCUCUCCUAUGUGUAAGUUCAUCCUUCCAGGGGGCUAAUCCUGCCCCAAGCCCUUCUUCAGGUUUUGUGAAAGCUGUCCUAAGUCCACAAGGAGUGGCAGCUCAGAUGUUUGAGUAGUUUGGGUGCAUUUCUCCAAACCAAGUGAUGAAAAGAAGUGACAACUGCAGUGCAGAAGUAAGUGAACUGAAAAUUGUCAUUAUUUAUCAACAGUUGCUUGCUGUGCAUGGCCCUCUUGGGGCCACAAAUAUGGGCUGGUGUGUAAGAGACUCACCUGUAUGGGAGAGAGCAGUAAAGAAGAGUUAUAUGCAGGUAAAGGAAAUAGGUGGUUAGAUUAAUUUUCACCUGAAUAAUUGGUAUAACAGAAGGUAGAGGCUUGAUUGUAGUUUGAUCACCAGACUUUGCAAUGAGCAAAAGGAAAGCAAACUCCUUAAACAAAAAGAUAAUGGCUUGAAGGGUCCUACCUACCCUGAACUCCUGCCAUAGCACAGAGCAGAUUUUCAGUAGCUGUGAAUUGCAAGAGUAUUCAGGGAGUUGCUGUUUGAAGUGUCUCUCAUUUGGCUUUAAAGCUAAUUCCCACUUAUGCCAAGAGCUAGUUGAUAAUUCUUGUGGCAUAAUUAUUAUAGACUGUGCAGUUAACAACCUCUGUUACAUUGGAAAAUGGAUUGGAGUCAGAGAAUCAUUCUUUCUGACCUUGAAAUUUAUGAAGACAGCUGCAUUGGCUCACACACAGGACUUUUCUGUGAUUGUUGAGUUGUUUUUGUUUGUUGGGGUUUUUUUUAAACUUUUUUAAAACCUUUUUUUUUUUUUAACCUGAACGAGUGAGUUCUGUUAGAAUUGCUUGGGCUUCUCAAAGACAGACCAGUUAUAAGACACUCAGUCUUCAAGUCAGUACUGCAACAGGACUACCUAGAAAGUGACAGAAUUUAUUUAUAUUAAAUGUCAGUAAGAAACCACAGACUGUGCUACAAAUCAGCUGCCCUGCAGGCCUCUGAUACUGAUUUACACCCAUCACUGGUAAGCCAGCCCUCUUUUUCACUGGGGAUUUUUAAUCCUCUUCACACGAAAGGCGUAUUGACUAACAUAUCAAUGGCUGUUAGAGUAGAAACUUGUUCACUCUUGUCCCCCGUGUAUCUGUCUCAUGGCUUCACUAUGACAAGUGCUAAACCUGUCUUUCUUCAGCACAUCUCAGGCUGAUGGAUUGUGUAUUUGCUGUGUGGUUGGAUAUAAGAGAUGAGAGGGUGGGAGAAGCUGUUCUGCAGGAGAGAACUGACAGUAUGUGUGAAAAGCACUUCUUAAGUGGUGUGUAUGCACCACAUCUACAAAAAACUCUCUUCUAAUUUUUUUUGUGGGAAUGGGAGGAGAGUUCUGAUGUGCAUUUGGAACUUUGAAUCUCAGAGAUUCAGAACCACUGUCCAUUAGAAGUUAGAGUGAAUGCAGAGGAUUUCUUGUGAUUUUCCCCCAUCCUGUUGCUUUUUUCAGAAGACAGCAGUGGAUGGUGAUUACGUGCUGAGCAUGGCUGUGUUUGGUAGUGCAGAUGGAGCUCCUCUGAGUUCCUCCAUUCAGCCCAUCACUGAAUGUCAUCAGUCUCUUCUGGCUUUUAAAUGUUCAACACCUCUCUUCCCUGGAAGCCCUGCAGCAGCUGGAGAGAUGCUGCCUGCUGGACCCACAGUCCUGCUUAAAUGCAGUGGCUCAUCCUCAAUAGCUCUGUGUUAAGGAACCUUUCCUGUCCCACCAUCCAGGAGCUGCUCUGGCAGUCACACUCCCACCCCCUGAGCUGUGGGAAACCCAGAGCUGAGCUGGUAAGGAGCCCUUUUCUCUGAGUGUGAGGUGUGCAUCAAGCCAAGAGGGGCACCCAUGGGAUUACUGGAGCCACCCACUGUGAAGGGGCUUUGUUCCCAGCAGGGACAGUCUGGAGUGGUGGCAGUGUGACUGCCAGAGUGACUCCUGAAUGGUGAGACAGGAAAGUUUCCUUAACAACUUCAGGGAAAAGCAGUUGCCACCAUCUAGCUAUUCUCCUGUCUAAGAGUGUCCUGUAGUUGCUAAAAAAGUCCUGCUCUUUGAAAUGAAAGUAAAUGCUGCAGUAAAUGAGACCUGAGAGCAUUUGUCAAGAGCCUCUUCUAGCUUAUUGAAAUGCAUGAGCUGCUGUGAACAAGGCACCCAUGCUUGUCAGGCAAACAAACAAGAAAGCUCAUUUUCAAAAGCUUAUUUCUUUGGGUUUAUCCAAUGCUUAAUCUAAUCCACUGUUUGUCUGCAUCAACAUAGCUGUCCUCCUUUGCCUGGGGUUUACAGUGUGGAGAGAAAAUUGUUCAAGAUCUGGACCUCUCUCCUCUCUUUUCUUUUUUUCCUCAUUAACUGUAGUGGUGAGCUGAUUGACUCACAGAGCUGGUGAUGCCUUCAGAGGGCAGCAGCAGCCUCUCUCCACUCCUCCUCUGGCUUGGCAGCGCUGACAAAGACUCAGCUCUCUAUGAAAUAGUGAGGGUCCGUUCAGAAGCAGACACUGCUGUUUGUAGGGUUCGUGGAGAGACCAGUGGAGCAGGACUAGGCCUUUGAGGGAGUGACACUGCAGAUGUGCUCUUCCUACAUUGAUUGCUUGUUUGGGAUUGUCCUUAUUGGGAAAGCCUCCAAUGGGCUUUGGAGGGUCUUAGAGGAAAGCAAAUUCGUCCCUGUCUCUUACCCUCCAAGCCUGCCCUCCCUUCCCCAGGCUCAGCCUCUGUCCCUGCUGUGUGCACUGCGUGCUGUGGAGCCUCUGGCUCAGGUUGUACCUGGUGUUACUGCAGAAAAUGUGGGUUUGGGAGGAGGAGGAGAGCAGAACUCAUGAACCAAGCCCUAAAAAUCUUUUUUGCAGUGAUGAGUCCAAAACUGAACAUAGGAUUAGAGAUGCGGCUCAAAGGAACUAUGAGUAAGUACAAUUCCAUGGGAGGAAGGCUUACCCAUCCUUUUACCCUCUCUCAUGCUGGUAAGGACAUGUGAUGGUGUUGGAUGCACAGUCCUGGCUCAAAAACCUGAGGACAGUUGGACUGGACUUGUGCAAUUUUUGUUAGAAUUUAUUUUUCUUAUCUUUGUAUAGAUACAUUAUGUAUUAUACAUGAUCUAUUUAUAAUAUACAUUUGUAUAUGUUUAAUACAGUACAUCAAUAUAAUACUACAUUUAAUAAUUU